ACGCGAUGAAGGAAGCAAUGUAAAUGAAACCCGGAAGACAUACAACUUAACAGACAUACCGUAUGUUAAUUUUAAAGGGAACAGCAUAUUUGUCACCGAAAACCGAUUUAGACUAGACUGCAUUUUUACAUCGAAUAUUGAUGAAGCUUUCAAUGGAUUCAACAAAACGAUAUCAUUUAAGGCAAUCGAUAUAAACUAUUGUAUACCACCAAAGAACAAAUCUUACGCCGAUGCAUUGGCUAAAUUUAAUAUUAGCAUGACAAGUUUGGAAAGCCUAUUUCUUUUGUACAAGAUGCCUUCAACUCUGUAUCCAUAUCACUUGACUGGUUUGAACAUCCUGAUUUUGGUAAUAGACAAUGAAGGUUUACCAAACAGCGUUACUUUUGAUGAUGACUUCUUACAACCUCUUAAGACACUGAUCUUCUUUAUGUCAUCGAAUGUAAACCUUCCACCAAUGUCGACAAAUGCAACAAAAAUUGUUUUAAAGAACGGAGUCUCCUUGGGAGACUUCGGUGAAUGUUCUAAACUAACUAUACUAGAACUGAUAGCUUGGGAAGUCAAAAGAGAUGUCAACAACUGGCUGGAGCCUUGUAGACUACUUAAAAGGUUAAGAUUUGAGAAGACAUCAAUAACACAUCUUUAUAGAAUACUACAAGGUUCGAGUCGUAUACCGUCAGUUCGGGAAUUAUCAGUGAAGAACAGUGCACUGUCACAAUUUCCCUUCGACCUACUUUUGGGGUUCAAAAGCCUUGAACACCUAGAUUUGUCUAAUAAUCAUUUGCAAAGCAUUCAAUUUGACGACAUACAGCAUUUGGGAACUUUGAAGAAUCUAACACAUCUUAAUUUAUCACGAAAUAGAUUUUUUACCGCUGGAUUGAAUUACUUUUUGCUGACCGAAGAUUUACUUGCUUUACGCGAAUUGAACAUAUCCAGCAAUCCUAUGAAUGGUUUAUGUGGAUUAAUGAAGUUCGUUAAAGAUGGCAAAGUGCUCCAUAUUACGAAGAUAGAAAGCCUUUCAUUAGCUGAUGCAGGUGUAAAUGAACUAUGUUUUAGUGGACGAUAUAUGCCUCGACUGGAGUAUAUGGACUUGAAAAACAACCAAAUCCGUGAACUUCAGAUCGAAGAGUUACCAUCCACUGAGGCUGAUCACCUAGUAGUAGAAUUACAAGGAAAUCCAAUUUACAAAGCGGCAUUUCAAAAAGAAGAUUACGAAUUGGUACAGAAUAAGACAACAUUAUCUAGAUGGAAAAACACAACGUUUCACCUGGAAUCACAAUUUGAUUGCGACUGCGAAAAUGCGUGGUUCGCUAAAGCCCUUAGAGAGGGACUAAUUUCAGUAACAGGAGCAGUAUGUCCUGUUGGAACAAUGAUAUCGCUGAUACCCGCAAAGUUUUUAGAAUGUACGAAGACGAUCAAGUUUGGUUGUACAUUCCGCCGCGCUUGGAUAGAUGGCGCUGUUAUUGCGAAUUGCAAUGAUGCGUCACUCAAUGCGAUUCCUAUAGAAGACGGGUUGAAAGAGUUAUACAUUGCAAAUAAUAAUAUAGAGAGGAUUCAUAUCGAGGAGCUGCCUGAUUCACUUCAACUACUGGAUAUACGACAAAACCGUGUAUCUCGCGUGGAACCAGAAGUAGCGAAGACCUUGUUUGACAAUUCUCGCCGUUUACUACUAGAUGAUAACCCUCUGCUCUGUGACUGUGAAAAUAAAUACUUUAUUACCAAGUUACAAGAACAUAAAUAUCAGGUGGAGGAUUAUGACAACUUAACUUGCGCAGGCGUUGAUUUAUUGAUUAAUGACGUCGUUCCGGAUGAUCUCUGUUUUGUUUUCCCUGUGCAUAUAGUUGUGCCUGUAACAGUUGCUGUGGCACUUGUCAUACUCUGCUUCAGUCUGUAUCGUAUUUAUGAACACCCUAUCAAGGUCUUCCUAUUCAUCCACGGCUUAUGUUUGUACUGCAUAAAAGAAGACGACAUUGACAGCGACUGUCAUUACGAUGCAUUCAUUGCAUUCAGUCAUCACGACCACGAAUUUGUAGCCCAAGAACUCUUGCCAAAACUAGAUCCUGAUUACAAGAUAUGCGUUCAUUAUCGAGACUGGAUCGUAGGUGAAUGGAUUCCUAAUCAGGUGGAAAACUCCAUACUGCAUUCUCGGAAGACUAUUAUCAUCCUGUCAAAAGACUAUGUUGAGUCCACUUGGGGUAUGUUCGAAUUUCGAAUGGCGCACACUAAUGCAGUUAAAGAAGGUCGAACGCGCAUCAUCAUCGUGGUCCUAGAUGACGUCAUCGAAAGAGAAAUGGCAGCCGAUUUGCGUCAUUUCGUAUCGAAUAAUACGUAUCUGAAGUGGGGUGAUCCCUGGUUCUGGAAGAAACUAUACUAUGCUCUUCCACAUAAGAGUAUCUCCAAAACCAAGACAGAGGUGCCCGCUGAUGAGAAUAACAGGAAUAAUAUGGAUAAUUUACAAAUGAGAACCAUGAUGAUUUGUGAAUAUUAAAGCUACUUGGUAGACGAAAAACUCUUAAUCUGAGUUUGCAUUUAUAUGUA